UUAGUGUUGCUGAUGAUAUGCUGUUGGGGGUAAUAGCCUACGAUCGAAUGCGGGAGCCAACAGACUGCAUGCUUCAAGUAUUGUUGCGCUUACAGUCGCAUGCACUUGUAGCCCGCAUAUCAACUGGGAAUAGGUUAUUUGAAGUUCAAAAGUACAGUUGAUUCCUGUCGUUGAUAGUUCUUAGAUACGAAAUGGAUGCCAAUCCAUCCUUCUCGCUGGCAUGUCUUUACAGAAGCGAUCCAAUUUAUUCCCUCUGUGCCUCAGAUUUAAUGACCGCUUCUCAAACUGUGAACAAUAAUUUCAUAAAGGAACAGAAGCAAUUUAUGAAGACUCUGAAGAGGCUGGAGCAGCAGCAGCUUACCUGCAUGCGUCAGCUGAACGAGGAGCAGAGGACCUUUGCCUUCGUCAUGAACAAGAGGCUAAGCCAGAGGGGCGCUACGAGGCCUCAAACGCUCCCCUCCAGUUCAGUCUCCUCUUCUAUCGUCCCUCUGUCCAUUAGGGGGUCCCAGUCUGCCCCGGCUGCUCUCGCCACCCGCAAUGGGGCCAACAGAGUUGGCAGUGCCAAGAGCGCCAACGGCAGAGUCAAGUUUGAGCAGUCUUCUUCCAGCCUCUCGCCGUGGGCAGUGAAAUUACAGAAGAAGAGCAUGGAGAUGCAGGACAGAGAGGCAAGGGAGGUGAGCACUGUUUUGAAGGAGUAUGGGUCCUCGGCUGGUCAAAGGUGUUGUUGUGAAUGUGGUCACACCAGGGAGCUGUUGGACAGGAGACUGAGUUGUCCAGCCAUAUUACAGAGGCAUCACUCUUGAUUCUGCUACGGUAUGGGGUGUUAUGGACGUAUGAUACAGGAUAUUGCUACAGGGGGGUGCGAGAGUUUCUCUUGAACAUCAUCUACCUACUCGUACUGGAUCGAUAUAGCUACCUUAUUUCUUGGAGGUUAUGCCAUGCCAAUGGAUAUCUGGACAGCAUUUUACGUCAUGACCGAUAACUGAGUAACACUGUACGUCAUGACGAUAACUGAGUAACACUACGUCAUGACCGAUAACUGAGUAACACUGUACGUCAUGACCGAUAACUGAGUAACACUACGUCAUGACCGAUAACUGAGUAACACUACGUCAUGACCGAUAACUGAGUAACACUACGUCAUGACCGAUAACUGAGU